UUUUCCUUAGUGCAACCAAUCAUUUUAUUAGCAGCAGUCAAUUUUUACAGUGCACUAGUGUGUCACAUCUGCCUAGCCUACUGCUUACAAAGAAAAACAAUGGCUCACAAUUCUUGUUGCAAUCCCUUUGAUUUACCUGGGCACUAUUGGAGAAGUCGCAAGAACAACUUAAGACCUGUCACAGAAUGGAUGUGUGAGAAAGCUCCACAACUUUCUAUUUCCUCCAAGAUCUGUGACACCUGCCGAAAGAAGAUUAGCAAGCAGAUACCACCACCUCAACCCCUUCUCCCUGAACCUGCUUCCCCAUCACCUGAAGUCCCUGACUGUGACAUUGACUAUGUGCCAACAUCUGUUUCCACCAUUAAUAAAUAUUUGGCAGAAAUUGGUGAAACACCUUAUUCCAAGAGUAAAGCCCGUGGAAAGAACUAUUCUAGCCAAAAAAUUAAAAGGAUUACAGAAGCAAUGCAGCACACAGUUAUCACUGGCAACAUUUUAGACGAUGGGAGUGAGAUGAUUCAACAGCUCAAAGAAAAGUUUGAAGUAGUAUCAAAAACAAGUGAACGUUUGCAAAUUCUCACUGUUUUGCCCAAAAGCUGGACAGUGAAGAAGAUUCAGGAGGAAUUUGGUGUGACAAAACACACAGCACAAAGGUCAAAGAAGAUUGUAGAAGAACAGGGGGUUCUGUCUCUUCCAAGCCCAAAAGCUGGUCAUUCACUAGUGGUAGAAACUGUCGAUGUUGUCCACUCAUUCUAUCAAUCUGAUGACAUCAGCCGAGUUAUGCCUGGUAUGAAAGAUUUCGUAUCUGUUAGAAAGGACGGCAAGCGUACCCAUAUUCAAAAGAGAUUAGUUCUAAGCAACUUGAAAGAGGCAUACAGCGAAUUUAAGCAGAAAUUUCCUGAUCAAAAGGUUGGCUUUUCCAAAUUUGCUGAGCUCCGACCAAAACAUUGCAUUCUAGCUGGCGCUAGUGGCACACACUCAGUGUGUGUGUGCACUAUACAUCAAAAUGUGAAGUUAAUGAUAUUUGAGAUGCGACUCUCAGAUCUACCAACAUACCAGCAUUGUUUGGCAAGAAUCAUGUGUAAUCCACCCUUGCCAGAAUGCUAUUUUAGUGAAUGUAAGGCUUGUCUGGGAAUUGAAAAACUCAGAGAUGACGUACUCACUUCAUUAGAUGAAAAUGAAGUGGACCAACUUAUCUACAAACAGUGGGUUUCUACUGACAGAUCCACGCUUGAAACUUUUUGUGCAACAGCAGAAGAGUUCGUUGAUACUUUCUGUGAAAAAUUAGAGCUCCUGCGAUCCCACUCUUUUGUAGCUAGUCAGCAAGCCGCAUUCUAUGCCGACUACAAAGCAGGCCUUAAGCCUGGUGAAUUUUUGGUCACUGCAGAUUUUUCGGAGAAUUAUUCAUUUAUUUUGCAAGAUGCUGCCCAGGGCUUUCACUGGAAUAACUCACAGGCAACUAUUCAUCCCUUCGUCGCCUACUACUCUGAUUUGAAAGUGGUGCACCAUCUAAGUUAUGUGGUCAUUUCUGAUUGUCUACAUCAUGACACUGUAGCUGUUUAUCUUUUUCAGAAACUAUUCCUAGGAUUUUUGACAGCUCAUCUUCCCGAAAGAUUGCAUCCCAAGAAAAUUAUAUAUUUCUCAGACGGCGCAGCAUCCCAGUACAAAAACCGAAAAAACUUCCUCAACCUAUGCCACCACAAAGACGACUUUGGUAUGUCAGCUGAGUGGCAUUUUUCGGCCACCUCACACGGAAAAGGCGCUUGUGAUGGUCUAGGUGGAACAGUAAAGCGCCUAGCAGCUUGAGCGAGUUUACAGAGACCAUACAAUGACCAAAUUAUGACGCCUCGCCAGCUGUUUGAUUGGGCAUGCACGAAUAUACAA